AUGAAAUUGUUCAUUGUUCUCGUUGCUGGCUUAGCGCUCGCCCAUGCCGAUCCCGAACCCGAGCCAAAGCCCCUUCUCGGCUUGAAGAAACUCAAAGGAGGCGUUUUCCCCUUCGUCAAUGUCAAUUUCCAUCCAACGCCAGCUCCGUUGCCGGCUCCAACGCGUCACGUCGAGACCCUCAAAGAAGUUGAAGUUGUCAAAGAAGUGCCUGUCGUCAGAGAAGUCUUGAAAGAAGUUCCCGUCGAAGUUGUCAAAAAGGUGCCCGUUGACAAGGUUGUCUAUGUCGAUGUCCCCGUUGAGCGCAUCGAGGAAGUUUUUGUCGACAAAACCGUCUACGUUGAUCGCCCAGUCGAGGUAAUCAAAGAAGUACCUGUUGAACGUGUCGUCGAGGACGUCGUCGAAGUACCCGUUGAAGUUCGUGUCCCAUAUCCCGUGCAUGUUCCCGUCGAUCAAGUCGUGCAUGUGCCACACGAAGUCGAGCGUGUUGUGUACCGCGAUGUGCCCGUCGAAGCAGAAACUGAGAAACCUUUCACAUUCGGGUUUGGACUCGGCAACGUUUUGACCCACAAAAAGUUCCCUUUGUUGAACAAAUUCUUCUAA